CACACGGACUCUGGCGAGGGAACACGUGUGCAUGCAACAUGCACACAUUUUGGCUCCGCCUACGAGAUCCGCCGGGUGGUACCUCCGCGUUCGACAGUUAGAGACCGUCUACCACCUACGGACACCGCACAGCGCCUCAUCAGGAGACCAAAAGUCUACUACUGCGGCCACCGCUGCUGCCUGCCAAAUAAUUGAUUCUUAAA